AGAAACAAAAGAAAAAAAGAAAAAAAGAAAAAAAGGAAAUUGAGUUUGAGAGAUGGGGCAGUGGAGGCGAGGAAAGAGAGGGGGAUUUUGAAAUUAUUUAUUUAUUUGGAUUCUUGUUUGGUAAUUGGUAUCAUCGGUCAACGGAAAUACAAAAAAAAAAAAAAAUAUAUUUUAUUUAUUUAGGGUAUUUGAAUUAUUGUAAUUUAAAAAUUGUGAAUUAUGGAUUGCUUUCCUGUUUUUCUUCAAAUAAAAUAGAAAAUAAAAAAAGGAAAAAAAAAAAUUCUCUCUUGAGAGUGGGAAGGUUAUUCCCGAUUUCCUUCCCAACGCCCACCAGAUUUCUGAUUUGGGGAUUUAUGCUUCUCUCUUCCAAUCUCUAAAAUCUCUACCUCUUUCCCUUUUCUAUGGAAUUCACCAUCUCCGAUGAUUUGUUGGGUACUUUCGUCCCCAUUUUCGUUUAUUGGUUCUAUUCUGGCUUAUACCUUCUUCUUGGUUUCUUUGACAAUUAUCGAUUGCACUCCAAGACAGAUGAGGAUGAGAAGAACUUGGUUUCUAAAUCAACUGUUGUUCGGGGCGUUCUUUUUCAACAAUUCAUUCAGGCUAUUGUCGCCAUCAUCCUCUUUAAGGUGACCGGAAAUGAUGAUGGAAGCAAUGCAGUUCCAAAAUCAUGGCCAAUGGUUGUUUUGCAAUUUUUAACUGCGAUGUUCGUUCUAGACACGUGGCAGUACUUUGCACACCGAUACAUGCAUCAUAACAAGUUUCUGUACAGACACAUUCAUUCUCAGCACCAUAGGCUUGUUGUUCCAUAUGCAUUUGGGGCUUUGUAUAAUCAUCCAGUGGAAGGUCUACUGCUUGACACAGUCGGUGGGGCGUUGUCAUUUCUAGCAUCUGGUAUGACUCCUAGAGUCUCCAUCUUCUUCUUUUCCUUUGCCACUAUUAAGACGGUAGACGAUCACUGUGGAUUAUGGCUGCCUGGUAAUCUCUUCCACGUCUUAUUUCGCAACAAUACUGCGUAUCACGACGUCCACCAUCAACUAUACGGCAGCAAGUUUAACUUUUCACAGCCUUUCUUUGUUACAUGGGAUAGAAUACUUGGUACCUAUAUGCCUUACUCCUUGGAGAAGAGAGCAGGCGGCGGCUUUGAAGCACGACCAAAGAUUGAAUAAAUACCGUAAGCAGCAAUCAGUUGCUUAUAUUAUAUUAUUUGUAUCCCACAACUAUAUAAUUUGUAUAUUACUCCUAUUGUUGCCAUUUUUAUACUUUUUUUCCCCAUUUCCCCUCUCUUCCCUAACAUAGAUUUGAAAUAUGAGUUAAAGAUGAGCUAGGUUGUGUUUUGAUA